AUGACCCCAACCAUCAAAACCACAAGCGCCUCCGGCCUCCGCGAACAGAUCUUCGCCAACCUCAAGACCUGCUUCCCGACCCAACACCAAGACUUCGAGAUCAUCACCGCCGACAAGAGCGGCCGCAAGACAGCGUGGGUCAUCGACACCGCGGCCGCAACUACGGCAGUCAUGAAGGGCCCUCCAUGCACGACGUCUGAGGAGGCGCUUGAGGGGCUGCUUGAGGCUACGUCGGUGCUUGUGGGACAGACGUUGGGGAAUGUGUUCAUGGAGUUCCAUGUCGUGCCGAGUGAGAUGGUGGGGGAGGGGUUUGUGAGGGAGGAUGUGAAGUCUAAGCCGGAGAUGGGAUCAGCUUCCUUCGUGGAGUGA